UGUCUGGGCGCGGACGGGCGUGGGGCGGGCGCUGAGCCCUGGAGUUUGGCGCCCUGGCCAGCCGGGGUCUCCUGAGGCUGCGGAGAGGGGCGCGGGGCGGGGGUAGAGGCGCCGCCACCUGGGCCGUGUCCACACUGGGUGGGGGGAGACUGGGGGUCCCGGGUGAACGCGCAGGAAGGGCCGCGUUUGUGGGAGUGGCUGCGGGGUCUCCAUCCUCCUUCUCACCGCCGAGGCUGCCUGAACGCGGUCCAGAGGACGGGGCGAGAGACCCCAUCGGGCGCCGCAGCCCGGGGAGGCUCUGCUGGAACAAAGCAUCUCUAGAGAAGCCAGAAGGAGGGGGACUCCAGGAACGGGAAUCUCACCGGGAAGAACCCCCCUCCUAACAGCCUCUGACCCAUCGGAGCUUCAGAAGAGAAGCGGAAGAAACCCAGAAAAAGGAGCGUAUCGCCCGGAGGACCGAGGCUUGAGUGAUUUCACCACAAUCAGCUGAAUGCCUUCCCAGGUUUUGACAGUCUUCCAAGAACAACAGAAAAUGAACAAAUCCCAGUGCCCCGUGCUGUUCCUGUCACUGCACUUUGUCCAUUGUGUGGAAAUCACCUGUUUGUGUCCGUGCUCACAGACCAUUAGCCCUUCAAGGCAGGACGCGUGCCGUGUUCAUCUUCAUACUUCCCGUUCCUCACCCUGUGCCUCGCUCCUGAAGUGUGUUGGCCAGUGGUCCGUGUCGUUCAAGGAUGUGACUGUGGACUUCACCAGGGAUGAGUGGCUAUAGCUGACCGGUACGCAGAGGACUCUGUACCGGGGCAUGAUGUUGGAGAACUACAGCCACCUGGUCUCAGUGGGUUACUGCAUCACCAAACCAGAGAUGAUCUUCAAGCUGGAGCAAGGAGAAGAGCCGUGGCCAUUAGAGAGAAAAUUUCCAUGCUGGAGUGGUCCAGACAGAAGCCAGGAAAACCAAGGUAAACAUUUGUGGCGAGUUUCACUCAUCAAAAAAACACUGACUAAGAAGAGAGAGAAGGUUUUCAGAAAAACACUCUGUCAAUGUGACUUAUGA